CACAUACUCAGACUCUCUCCAAGUCUUUCCCUUUUUACGAAACCAAAGACUAGGGUCAAGAAAAAAGUUGAAUGCUAAUUACACCUUUGGAUUUGUAUUUGCUCGCUUAAUAUUCCCAAAGGCUGCUUCUUUCAGCCUUCUUACUCGUUUUCUCCUUCUGAAUCUACUGAGAGAACAAUAAAGUCUUCAGCUUUUGCAGUUUCUUCUUCUUCUUCUUCUUUAGAUGUCGAAGAACCACCCAUCUGUGGAAGACGAUGAAGCCAUGCCGCAAGUCUCUGUAGUGAUUAAGAGAUUCAAGCGUUUGAGGGUCGUGUUCGAGCCAUCUCUAGGAGUCUUGGGUUUUUUCUUGGUGGGUUUGUGUUUAGUCUUCAGCUUCUUCUACCUUGAUUACAGAACCGUGGCUAAGACUAAAAGUCAUGACUUUUCGGAUCAAUCGGAGAGAUUCCUUUGGCUUAAGGAGCUCGAUGGGUUUGUAGAGAACAACACCAAAGUUGGGUUUCUUGAAGAGAGUGGGAGUGGUUGUAAUGUCUUCGAUGGUAAAUGGGUUUGGGAUGAAUCGUAUCCUUUGUAUCAGUCCAAAGAUUGCACCUUUCUUGAUGAAGGAUUCAGAUGCACUGAGUUUGGCAGACCUGAUUUGUUCUAUACCAAGUGGAGAUGGCAACCUAACCAUUGUGAUUUGCCCAGAUUUGACGCGAAGUUGAUGCUGGAGAAGCUAAGGAACAAGCGGCUAGUGUUUGUAGGAGACUCAAUUGGAAGAAACCAAUGGGAGUCUCUUCUCUGUAUGCUAUCUUCUGCUAUCAGGAACAAGAAUUUGGUUUACGAAGUGAACAAUAGACCCAUCACAAAGCACAUGGGCUUCUUUGUGUUCAGGUUUCAUGACUACAACUGCACUGUUGAAUACUGUAGAGCACCUUUCUUGGUUCUCCAAAGCCGUCCACCUAAAGGAUAUCCAGAAAAGGUUAAGACGACUCUUAAACUUGAGACAAUGGAUUGGACUGCUGACAAGUGGAGAGAUGCGGAUAUAUUAGUGUUUAACACUGGUCAUUGGUGGAACUACGAGAAAACUAUCCGCGGAGGUUGUUACUUUCAAGUAGGAGAAAAAGUGAGAAUGAGAAUGAAGAUAGAGCAUGCACAUAGACGAGCUAUGAAGACUGUUAUGAGAUGGAUACAAGAAGAGGUUGAUUCAAACAAGACACAGGUCUUCUUUCGCACAUUUGCUCCUGUGCAUUUCAGGGGAGGAGAUUGGAGAACAGGGGGAACAUGUCAUAUGGAGACACUGCCAGAUUUUGGAGUUACUCUGGUUCCACCAGAGACAUGGGAACACAUAAAGCUCCUUCAAGAUGUCUUGUCAUCGUCUUUUUACUACUCGAAAAGAUCAGAGGCAGUUAAGCUGAAAGUGUUGAACAUAACAGCGAUGGCUGCUCAAAGAAACGAUGGCCACCCAUCACUGUACUACUUGGGCUUAGCUGGUCCUGCACCGAUCCGCAGGCAAGACUGCAGCCAUUGGUGUCUUCCUGGAGUUCCUGAUUCGUGGAAUGAGCUUCUUUAUGCAUUGUUUCUUAAGCACGAAGGCUAUUCAAGAUCAAACAGUGGCGAUACAGACAACUUUACAUAAUGAAACUUUGGUAGAAACAGCUGUUGCAGGAUUUAUAACGGCUGAGAGAUUUUGAUUGGGUGGAGAAUAUAUGUAAUUACUGACGACUAGGUUAAGCAACUUUGUAUAAAUUUCAAAGAUUUGAGUGACCUCAUCAUAUCAUAGAUUAUUAGUUCACAAGUGUUUUUGGUAUACAAUGAGUAUGUUACACUUGCAGAA